UGUAAUUGGGUUACAGUGUGGAGAUGGUUGGGACCGAACCGGGAGGGAUUUAAACCGGAAAUAGUCUAAUAAAUCUGGCAACCCGGCUGAUUAUAGGGGAGCAACCUCACUCAGAGGUUCUGGAUUCUGUGGAUUUAAGCUGGUCAGGUAUAACAGAAGUCUUCCUCUUCUUCUUCCUCUGCUUCUUCUUCUUCUGUUAUUCGGGAAUAUUCUCCAAAGCGUAAUACACAUUUCCUUAAGAGAAACCAGGACCGCGUAUAACCCGUGUGUGUUUGUGUGUGUGUGUGUGUGUGUGUGUGUGUGUGUGUGUGUGUGUGUGUGUGUGUGUGUGUGUGUGUGUGUGUGUGAUGCGCUGAGGAAGAGGAGGGGGUGUUCCUUUAGCUCGGUUCUUCAGUUUUUCUGCGCGUUCCUGACUCAAACCCACACUGAUGUAAAGCGAUGCGGAUUAUUGUCCGCGUUUCCUCUCCGAAUCUGGUUGGCACAAAAGCAUCACAAUCUGACUUCGCCGCUGCGGAUGUUACAGAGUUAAAUAAAUUACUAUCGGUGUUUUCCGCCCUUCCUGCGCUCGGUGCGAGGGAGACUCGGUGACUCGUUGUUGUGUAUCGCGAUGCUGAGAGAGGCGGCAUCUCCACGACUCGGGGCGCACGGAGGCUCAGGAGCGAGGAGCUGAGUGAUGAGAAAGAGGACGCGGCGCUGUGGAGGAGGAAGAAGAUAAGCAGCAGCAGCAGCAGCAGCGUUUCACGGGAUGGCGCGGUUCGGAGAGCCCGGUUUGCCCGGUGGGGGAUCGGUGGCCCGGGGCGGAAGCAGGCAGGGAACUCAGCGCGUGUACAAGCAAUCAAUGGCGCAGAGAGCGCGUACUAUGGCGCUGUAUAACCCCAUCCCCGUGCGCCAGAGCUGUCUCACCGUCAACCGCUCUCUCUUCCUGUUCAGUGAGGACAACGUGGUCCGGAAGUAUGCCAAGAAAAUCACAGAGUGGCCUCCAUUUGAGUGGAUGAUAUUAACCACCAUUAUUGCUAACUGCAUUGUUUUAGCACUUGAGCAGCAUUUACCUGUCUAUGACAAAACACCGCUUUCAGAACGACUGGACGACACUGAGCCGUACUUCAUAGCGAUUUUCUGUUUUGAGUCUGGCAUUAAGAUUCUGGCUCUGGGGUUUGCCUUCCAUAAGGACUCGUACCUGCGCAAUGGCUGGAAUGUCAUGGACUUUGUUGUGGUGCUGACUGGCAUUUUAUCCACUGUUGGUUCUGAGGUUGAUUUGCGGACACUGCGUGCGGUCAGAGUUUUGAGGCCUCUCAAGCUUGUCUCAGGAAUUCCAAGCCUACAGGUGGUGUUGAAGUCCAUAAUGAAGGCAAUGAUCCCUCUGCUACAGAUUGGUGUUCUGCUAUUUGUUGCAAUCCUCAUGUUUGCCAUUAUUGGCCUUGAAUUCUACUCUGGAAAAUUCCACAAAGCCUGUUAUGACAAUGCCACAGGAGAACUUCUUGAUGAUCAGCUGUGUGGUGAUGAGUUACCAGCACGGGUUUGUCCUUCUGGAUCCGUAUGUGUGGACAAGUAUCUUGGACCAAAUUAUGGAAUAACACAGUUUGACAACAUUCUGUUCGCUGUGCUCACUGUGUUCCAGUGCAUCACCAUGGAGGGCUGGACAGACAUGCUUUAUUAUAGUAACGAUGCUUUAGGAAGCACUUGGAACUGGCUUUACUACGUCCCGUUAAUUAUCAUUGGCUCUUUCUUUAUGCUCAACUUGGUGUUGGGUGUGCUGUCUGGUGAGUUUGCUAAAGAGAGGGAACGAGUUGAGAACCGCAGUGAGUUUCUAAAGUUGAGGAGACAGCAGCAGAUCGAGAGAGAACUGAAUGGAUAUCUAGAAUGGAUCUGCAAAGCAGAGGAAGUGAUCUUGGGUGAAGAUGACACUACAGGAGGCCGCUCUCGCCGCAGACCCACUAUAAAAAAGAGUAAAACUGAUUUGCUGAACCAGGAGGGAGGACAGGAUCACAUGGGGGAUGCAGAGGGUCUGAAAGCAGAUGGCUCCAGUUUUAGCAAGAAAGAGCGCCGCUUUCGUAUCCUUAUACGUAAGAUGGUGAAAACUCAGGCAUUUUAUUGGACCGUCCUGAGCCUUGUUGGUCUGAACACACUCUGUGUGGCUGUUGUUCACUACGACCAGACCGAACUGCUGUCCGACUUUCUGUUCUACGCAGAGUUUAUAUUUCUGGGCCUUUUCAUGAUGGAGAUGCUGAUAAAGAUGUAUGGAUUGGGGACAAGGCCCUACUUUCACUCCUCCUUCAACUGUUUUGAUUGUGCUGUGAUUGUCGGCAGUAUAUUUGAAGUGUUCUGGGCAAUGAUAAAACCUGGCACUUCAUUUGGGAUCAGUGUACUGCGAGCUCUGAGAUUGCUCCGGAUCUUCAAAGUUACCAAGUACUGGGCUUCACUACGAAACCUGGUAGUGUCUCUGCUGAAUUCGAUGAAGUCCAUCAUCAGCCUCCUUUUCCUCCUCUUCCUUUUCAUUGUGGUGUUUGCCCUUCUGGGGAUGCAGCUGUUUGGGGGACAGUUUAACUUUGACCAGGGAACUCCUCCUACAAAUUUCGACACCUUUCCUGCAGCCAUUAUGACUGUGUUUCAGAUCCUGACAGGUGAGGACUGGAAUGUUGUCAUGUAUGAUGGGAUUCAAUCUCAGGGAGGUGUUCACAAGGGAAUGAUCUCCUCUGUGUUCUUCAUUGUACUCACCCUUUUUGGCAACUACACACUGCUGAAUGUCUUCUUGGCCAUCGCUGUGGAUAAUCUGGCUAAUGCUCAGGAACUAACAAAGGAUGAACAGGAAGAAGAGGAAGCCACCACACAGAAAAUUGCUCUCCAGAAAGCUAAAGAGGUUGCUGAGGUCAGCCCACUCACCGCUGCAAACCUCUCCAUCGCUGCUAAGGAACAGCAGAAGAACUCAAAGCUUCCUAAGUCAGUGUGGGAGCAGCGCACCAGUGAGAUUCGACGCCAGAACCUGAUGACCAGCAGAGAGGUGCUCUACAACGAGAUGGACUCUGAAGACUACUGGAAGCAGACAAAUUUCCGUAACCACCCUGACAUGAAGACACACUUAGAUCGCCCCCUGGUGGUGAACCCUCAGGAGAACCGCAACAACAACACCAACAAACCCAGACCAGAGGAACUAGGACAGCAUGACCACCACAUCUCCCCCCCACCAAGUUACCAACAGUGCUCAUGCCACAGACACUGCACACACACCCAGGAGGACAAGGACAGGAAGCAUAGGAGACAUCAUCACAGUAACCAUGGAGACAGGGAAAGGAGGAAGGAAUGGUGCAGCAGCAGUCACUCAAGGAAUCAGUGCAGUGAGGUCGUGGAUAACGUGAGGAACAACAGCAUGCUGAUUCUUCAUGACCAAGAGCUCUGCCUCCAUCAUCCAUACAACCCAUAUGAUGCCUAUGAUCCCUGUUAUGACUCUGAACUGACCAAUAAUGUGCUGAAUCUGAGGGGGCGGAGCUUACCAGAUAGUCUUCUCAUCCUCACUGACCCAAUGAAGUGCCCCAGUAAAGAGUUUAUAGCCAUCGACAUGCAGCCGAUGUACCCUUCGCUCAUAGGCCAGCUGCAGGUGAAUAAGAAUGCAAACACUGAAGCAACUAAAGAUGGUGAGAAGAAAGAGGAGGAUGAUGAUGGUGGAGGUGAUGAAGAUGGUCCCAAACCCAUUCCGCCGUUUAGCUCUUGCUUUAUCAUGUCUCCUACCAACCCGUUCCGUAAAUGCUGCCACUACAUUAUGACUCUGCGUUACUUUGAGAUGUGUAUUCUGUCUGUAAUUGCUAUGAGCAGCAUCGCACUUGCAGCAGAGGAUCCAGUCUGGCCUGAGUCACCUCGGAACAAUGUUCUUCGCUACUUUGAUUAUGUCUUCACUGGUGUCUUCACUUUUGAGAUGCUGAUUAAGAUGGUGGUGCUGGGUAUGGUUCUUCAUGAAGGAGCUUAUUUUCGUGAUCUCUGGAAUUUUCUGGACUUUAUAGUGGUUAGUGGCGCUCUGGUGGCAUUUGCCUUCUCGAGCCUGUCUGGGGGAAGCAGUAAAGGCAAAGACAUCAGCAUCAUUAAAUCCCUGAGAGUGUUACGUGUCCUGCGACCACUCAAGACCAUCAAACGUCUCCCUAAACUGAAGGCUGUGUUUGAUUGUGUGGUGAAUUCUCUGAAGAACGUUUUGAACAUCCUGAUCGUCUACAUGCUGUUCAUGUUCAUCUUUGCUGUUGUGGCUGUGCAGCUUUUUAAAGGGCGAUUUUUCUGCUGCACAGAUGAGUCCAAAGAGUUUGAGCGUGACUGCCGGGGUGAGUAUCUGGUGUAUGAACGUGAGAAUGAGGUAAAAGCUCAGAAACGCGAGUGGAAGAAGUAUGACUUUCACUAUGACAAUGUGCUGUGGGCUCUGCUCACACUCUUCACGGUGUCCACAGGAGAGGGCUGGCCAGAUGUGCUGAAGCACUCUGUGGACUCCACCUUUGAGAAUCAGGGUCCCAGUCCAGGUUACAGGAUGGAGAUGUCCAUAUUCUACGUUGUCUACUUUGUUGUGUUUCCGUUCUUUUUUGUGAACAUAUUUGUUGCUCUUAUCAUCAUCACCUUCCAGGAGCAGGGGGACAAGAUGAUGGAGGACUACAGCCUGGAGAAGAAUGAGAGAGCAUGUAUUGACUUUGCAAUUAACGCAAAGCCACUAACACGUCACAUGCCAGAGAAUAAGCUGAGCUUCCAGUACCGAAUGUGGCAGUUUGUAGUGUCACCUCCAUUUGAGUACAGUAUCAUGAGCCUGAUUGCUCUCAACACCAUCGUUCUAAUGAUGAAGUAUCAUGAAGCUUCAGAAAUGUAUGAUAAAGUAUUGAAAAACCUGAACAUCGUUUUCACCAUCCUCUUCUUCAUGGAGUGCAUCCUGAAAAUGAUUGCCUUCGGGAUUCGUAAUUAUUUCCGAGAUGCAUGGAACAUUUUUGACUUCGUGUCUAUCUUAGGAAGCAUUACAGACAUCUUAGUGACAGAGCUGUGGAAUCCGAACAACAUUAUAAAUGUGAGAUUCCUUCGUCUGUUCCGUGCUGCUCGUCUCAUUAAGUUGUUGCGGCAGGGAGAGACAAUACGGAUCCUCCUCUGGACCUUUGUCCAGUCCUUCAAGGCUCUGCCGUAUGUUUGCCUGCUUAUUGCCAUCCUCUUCUUUAUUUAUGCCAUCAUUGGCAUGCAGCUCUUUGGUAAUUUAGCAUUAGAUGAAGACGGAGAAAGUGCAAUAAAUGAACACAACAACUUCAGAACUUUCAUCAUGGCACUGAUGCUCUUGUUCAGGAGCGCGACAGGCGAAGCGUGGCAUGAGAUUAUGUUGUCAUGUUUGGGUGGGAUGCCAUGUGACAUUGCUUCGGGAAAUCAGACGGACGAGUGUGGCAGCAACGUUGCCUACGCUUACUUUGUCUCUUUCAUCUUCCUCUGUUCAUUCCUGAUGCUGAAUCUGUUUGUAGCAGUCAUCAUGGAUAAUUUUGAGUAUUUAACUCGUGACUCAUCUAUUCUUGGCCCUCACCAUUUGGAUGAAUACGUCAGAAUCUGGGCAGAGUAUGACCCUGCGGCAUGUGGACGUAUUCAUUAUAAGGAUAUGUACAGUUUAUUACGAGUUAUCGACCCCCCGCUCGGAUUAGGAAAGAAAUGUCCUCAUAGGGUCGCCUGCAAGAGACUGUUGCGUAUGGAUUUGCCUGUUGCUGAUGACAACACGGUACAUUUUAACUCCACACUGAUGGCAUUGAUUCGUACUGCUCUUGAUAUCAAGAUCGCUAAAGGUGGGGCUGAUAAACACCAGAUGGAUGCGGAGUUGCGAAAGGAAAUGAUAGCAAUUUGGCCAAAUUUGUCCCAGAAGCACCUGGACCUGCUGGUCACACCACACAAGUCAGCUACAGACCUGACAGUGGGGAAGAUCUAUGCUGCCAUGAUGAUCAUGGAGUAUUACAGACAGAGUAAAGCCAAGAAACUGCAGGCACUCCGAGAGGAACAGAACCGAACACCAUUAAUGUUUCAGCGCAUGGAGCCAAACAAUAGCCAGGACAAAGGACCUGAGUUCACAGAGGUCAAUGGAGGUCAUGGGAUCAAGGAGGCUCCACAGGAAAACCAUGGCAAUCUUCCUGUUGGAUCCUGGGUAACUCCUCGUACUCAGAAAUCUGCUGAUGAGAACUGGAGCACAGAGUCACCAUACCAUCAGCAGGAAAACCGACACAAUACACAGCACCACCAAACAGUAGAAAUGAGAACGAUGCCUGUUCACUCCGACACUGACACAUCACUACCACUGGAAGGGAGGACUGUCUCCAUGCCUCGCCUCCCACUGCAUCACCAAACAAUUUCUGAUGUGAGUCCAUUGAGGCGUUCUACAUCGUCAUUGGUUCACGGGCGUUCAGGUCGAGCCUUGAGAUUGGAUGAUUACUCUCUGGAGAGGGUGGAGUCUGAGGAGGGACCUAGACAUGGGAGAAGGAGGAAAGAGAGAGAAAGAGAGAGGGAACGAAAUCAUCGCACUUCAGAGAGAUCACUGGCUCGUUACACAGAUGCUGAUACAGGUUUAGGUACUGAUCUCAGCACCACCACACAGUCAGGUGAACUUCCUUCUAAAGAGCGGGAGAGAGAAAGAGGAAGAGCCAAAGACCGGCGACAUCAUCACCACCACCACCACCAUCAUCAUCAUCAUCACAGCUCAGUGGAGAAAGAACGGUAUGAGAGAGAACGAGAAUACCAUCAUCAGCCUCACAACAGACAUGACACACACUGGUCACGUUCACCCAGCGAAGGCAGAGACAGCAGAGCACGCAGACAGGGAAGCAGUUCUGUGAGUGUAAGUCCAGUUCCCUCAACAUCAGGAACCAGUACACCACGUCGUACACGACGUCAGCUCCCACCAACUCCACCUACACCUCGCCCACAUGUUACAUACUCACCUGCCCCCAGGAAACCACUCCCACCAACCACUCCUCUCCGUGAGCCUCCACCCAUCGGCCCACCUUCUCAUCGACACUCCCCCCGCCGGGCAUCAUUCUAUGACCGUCGUUUUGAAUAUGAGCCGCCAAACUAUGAGCAGAGUGUGACGGAAGGACACUCCCAUAUGCCCCGUCAUGGCUCCACCCACCACAGUCCUUCUCAUCGUAGUCCUGUCUCUCAUCACCGACGUGUGCCCAAUGGCUACCGCUCCUCCUCCUCUCUAUCUCCACACCGUGGAUGCCCCACUCACCAUGGCACGCAACGUGCCCCACAGCCACGUCCACCCAGAAAGAGUCUUCGUGAACCAUACAGUGAGACAGAUGAGGAUGACUGGUGCUAAAAUCCUGCUCUUAAUAUACACCACAAUCAGAGAUGGAAAGGAUGCGUGUAACUAUUCACACAAACAUGCAUGGAUGGUAGAGUUUGUGUAAGUGUGUGUGUGUGUGUGUGUGUGUGUGUGUGUGUGUGUGUGUGUGUGUGUGUGUGUGUGUGUGUGUGUGUUAAAACUUAAAAUUCAAGCCACACACAGCAAAAAGUAAAGGUAGAUGCCUUGCAACCUGUUCUUUCUGUUUUGCAUCCCUCUCUGACUUCUGGACUACAUUACCCAGAAGGCUGUGUGAUGAAAUAGGGAAGGAGGGGCUGGAGUGUGACCUGGGGUAUAAUCAGUAUGGUUGUGUCCAGUGGGUCACCUCUCAAACUAAAAGGAGGGGAAACAAGCAAAAAAAAUUGUUUUAUGAAUGCAAAGAAAGAAAACCACAGAAGAAAAAUAAACAAUAAAUACAGCAUGCUCUUGUACACAAGAGCUCCUCCUACCUGCAAAACUAGCCAAUGGCAUCGCAGCCUGCUACUGAUGAGUUUUAUCAUCUUUGUUUACUCAACAUGCUGAGUGACCUCAUAGUUUAGAGCUUGGGUUCCAGGUGAAGGGCAGGGCACUGAUGACGAUCAGCCAACGUGGGAGGAGCCACUGAAGCAGAGUCACGCCCACAUCACAACCUUCACAAGUAAGUGAAGAAAGAAUAAAUGGGCAGAGCAGUGGAUCAGAGACUAAUUCAUCUUCAUAAUUCGUCUUCUUUAAUAAAUUUAAUUCUUCUUCUUUGUGGAUGUUUGAGGAGCACGAACUGUUCUUUUGCUUUAGUUCCUCUUUUUGGACCUGAAGGAAACCUGCAUGAUUGAUUAAAAAACAACAGCUGAACUGUGAGUGACGGCGCGGCCAUGGAUCUCUUUUACUUAUUCUCCUCUCACAUUCUCUUUGCUAGUCAGCACCAUUUAUUAGUGCUACAAAUAUUUCAAAAUUCUGAUCUGUCUUUCAGAAUACAGAAGAAUACAGGAAAUAAUUUCUUUUUCUUUACUGUCAACAACAACAACAAUAAUAAUAGUAAUAAAUAACAAUAGAUACAAUAAUGAAUAAGUUUUAAGUAAUGGAUAAUAAUCAUGUGACUGGUGAUAGCAAAGUCAUGUGACAAUGUUUUUGUUUUGCUUUUUUUUUUUUUGUUUGUUUUGCUGUUUGUUCAUUUAUGGUCCGUCGUACUGAACACUAGGGCCCCAGCUGCAGGGACCAGUAAGUUGGGAUGCAGCCCAUGAAUCCUUGUCUAAGGGGACAGGAGGGGGAGGGGGGAGGCUCUUCACUCACUUCUAAGUGCACUCCAGACUGUGGUGGACUUUGUGCCCUCAGAUCUUUUCUACUGCAGAAGUUUUAACUGUUUCAGCAUUUUUCAGCUGAAGUUCAGGGCUCAUCUGUGUGUGUGUGUGUGUGUGUGUGUGUGUGUGUGUGUGUGUGUGAGAGAGAGAGAGAGAGAGAGAGAGACUGACUGUAUGUGUUAGCAUGUCUUCAUGGUAACUCCAUAACCCGGCACUAACCACCAGAGGGCAUCACCUCUUCACACAGAAGCCUCCAUGCACACACACACACACACACACACACACACACACACACACACACACACACACACACACACACACACACACACAGAAUGGACCAGAGGGAAUUUACCUUCACCAACACUGCAUGCUGUAGCUACACACCACAUUAUAGUUACUGCCACUAUAUAAAAUACACACAGACAUGGUUUAUGUUAAUUUUGUUCACUACACAGUGAGAGCGCAUCUAUAAAGAAAGACAGUUCUCCCUGUGUGUGUGUGUGUGUGUGUGUGUGUGUGUGUGUGUGUGUGUGUGUGUGUGUGUGUGUGUGUGUGUGUGUGUGUGUGCGAGCUCAGGAGUUAACUUGUUAGUACAUGGACAGCACUCUCUACUAACCCAACUCUACUGUUCCUUGACUUGAUGAUGCUUCAAGCUUUAAUUAGCCUGCAUUAUUAAAGCUGUGUUUUUAUCACAGCAUAGAAUUAAUACUAGAAUAUUCUGGUACAGUGAUAGUUUUAGUUUCUUUGAGUUUAUUUAGUUUGCUGAGGGAUCGUUUUAAUUUACUCAGAAUUUAAUGAUAUAUUAAUUCAACACAAUAACACACAAACCAAACCUCAUACCUCUGCAUCUGCUGAUACUACAGAAAUGAAGAGAAACUCUGUGUGUGUGUGUUUGUGUGUGCGUGUGUGUUUGGUUUUGUGUGUGUGUGUGUUUGGUUUUGUGUGUGUGUUUGGUUUUGUGUUUAAUGAAUAAGGGCUCUUUUGUUCUGCCAAACCUAUCAGGAUUGUGUGUGUGUGUGUGUGUGUGUGUGUGUGUGUGUGUGUGUGUGUGUGUGUGUGUGUGUAAGAGUUAGAGAGAGAGAUCCACAGUAAA